AUGAAUAAAAAACAUCUAGUUGAUGAGAUGAUUAUAAUAAGAGAAGAAAUGAGAAAUAUCAAUGUAAAUAUUAAUUGUUAAAAAAGAAUAGAAUAUAAACAACUAAUUCUUCAAAAAUCUUUGAAUGUGUACCUAUUUAAAAUAGAAAUGAAAAGAUAAGAAAAUAUUGUUAUUAAUUGGUUGCUUUAAGACCAAAAUUAUUUAGAAAGUAUUUUGUAUCAGAAUAAUACAUACAUGAAUUAUUGAAUAGAAUGGAUUAUGAAAAACUACUUUAAAUUUCAUUGAAGUUUAUCGUUAAAUAUUUAUAGAAUUAAGAAGAUGAAUAAAGUUAAAUUAAUGAAUCUACAUCACCUACUAAUAUUAAAGAUGUUGAUAGAGUCACUAAAAUAAUUAAGGAUAUUGUAUCACCAAUAAGGACUAAAAUAAUUUCAUAAGCCUAAUUCUUUGAUCAUCAAUUAAAAUGUAUUCAUAAAUCAUGUUAAACUUAAUCUUCAAAUUAAGAUACAUAAUCAAAGAAUAAUUUUAAUUUAGGCAUUAGAUAAUAAUCAUCUAUAUUAUCAUCUAUAUAAUAAGAUAAUUUAAAUUCACCUAAAUUUAAUGAAAAUAUAAUAAAUGUCAUUGAUGAGAUCUCAUUUGAAAGAUCUUCAUUAAAAAAAGAUAAUCAAAAUAUGAAAUAAUAAUUUGAAUAAUAAGAAAAUCUUCAAAAUUAAAAAUUAAAUCAAUCCUAAAUAAAAGAUUAAAAAGUCAAUUAUGAUAUUAGUGUAAUAACUACUCCAAAAUAAAAAGAAUUAGAUAAUUAUAAAUAGACAUAAAAUACAAGUAUGAAUAGUUCAUUCAAAGAUACAAAAAGAAAAUUGAACAAUAAAUCUAUGCUAUAAUUGAAACAUCUCGAAAAAUUAGAAGAUAAAAGAUUUCCUAAGAAAGAAGUUCCAUAUACUAUGUUAUCUGUUGAUUAUGUACGUAAGAGAAGGAAAACACCUGAAAAAAAUAGAGGCUUUAAUAUCAUUACAAAUUAUUGA